AAGAGGGCUACGACGAAGAAGAUGAAGACGUGCGUCACACAAAGCAAAGACCGCGUCGGACGGUGGGAGGAAGCCAUGUUGGACCAGCUUCUGAUGUACAGUUUUUAAAUAAUACUACGUUCAUGUUAAAUGUGUAGUCAGAAGUAAUCUCCUGUUGACAUUUGGGCGAACAGUAAACAAUACCAAAAUGUCAGCGGACGAUUUUCAGGCGAAGUACGCCUCUGUGAUGGAAAGCAUGCUCAAGAGCGCCGUCGCAGAGACAACGAAACUUUUCGAAACUAUGGUCGAUGAGCUGAAGGCAGAAAUAUCCAAAAUAAAGAAGGAGAACGAGGACCUUAAAACAAGGUGCAGCCAGUUUGAAAGUGCGAAAUGCCAACCGACUGUUUACACCAGUGAGCCUCUUCCAGGGCCAAGCGACGGCUUUGUAAAAUGUGACACAGCUGUUCAGUGUGACCUUGUUCCUUUUGGCGUCAUGCUGGUGGAGCAGUGUCAACCACUCGGAGAGACAUCAUUGCAACACCAAGAACUACAGCGCAGCUAUGAGAAGAUCAAUUACAGUUUGCAGGAGCACAACUAUGUGGCUCACAGAGAUGCAAGUUCUCAUAUGACAUUGAUAACAGUGAAAGAUGAGGAAACUAACAAUGAUUCUUCUCCACUGUCUGUGCUGAAGCAAGAAGAUGAGCUCAUUGUGCCUUGUGGGCAAGUCUUGUGUGAUGAAGCAGGUUCAUCACAAACCUAUACCUGUGGAACUGAAAAUGACGGACCUCUCAUUAACAAGGAAUGUUCAGAUGGAGAAAUACCUGUGCCUCAGAAAGAUGAAGAUAAUGGUUUACAAGAAAUUCAGAACCAGUCAUCUGAACCAGAGCAUUCCCUAGUCAUCUCACUUGCUGCAAUAAGUGACAUGGAAGAAGAAUCUGAAGUCAAUCAGAAUAUAACAGAAAUAGGGACACAGACUAAGCCUACAACAUCUGAAAAAUGCCCAUUGAUGGUUGCUCAGCACCAGUCAGAGGCGGAGUCUCUUGAAAAACAGCAGCCAUCAGUGAUCUCCCAACAAUUACAGGGAGAGGGUGAAACAUCCGUAAAUGAUCAAACUGAUGCGACUCUGCAGCAAAAUGCAGAUGUGCCCUCUACAGAGGAACACUUGGCAGAACCCAUACUAUCAAUAAAAGAAGUAGCAUGUCCCCAGCCAAUAAACCGUAGAAGAGGAAGGCCACCAAAGGGAGCAAAACAUCUGAAGCAACCAGUGAAAGAAAUACUUCAGUCAUCAUCAACAGAGCUUUCCUCUUUAAUAAGAGUGGAAGAAGUUGAUACCACUGCAUUGGAAUCUCCAAAGGCAUGUCCAAUUAAACCUAAAAAGACUUCAUCCCUUAUUGUUCCAUCAGUCCAGGAGGGUGUAAACACUGCUUUAAAGGAUUUGGGGAACAGAAGGUCAGAUUUCUUUCAUAUUCCAGCAGUACCUUUGAGUAGAAAUUGCUCCAGUGAAAAAGAAAAAACAUCUCAACAGCUUUCCAUAGAAGUGGAAGAAGAGGCAAUUCAAGCUUCAUCCAACGAGGUUUUGUCCACAAAAGAAACGCUGAAAACUCCACAAACAGAGUCACCACAAACACCAUCAGUUCAGUCCAGAGAACGCCGCACCUCUGCAACUCUUCAGGAUGCUAUGCUACUAGUUGAGGCCAUGAAUCAGUCGAAUGUAGGAACUACAUUCCACUCUCCACAGACUGUGGCAGCACCACAUCAAACCCAGUGUGCUCCCCAUGUGAGUACCUUACAAACUGUGGAUGAGAUCCCAGACAAGCCACAGAUGCCGCCACUUCCUGUUGAAAUUCAUGAAGUUUCAGGCAAACUACCUAUAACAGAGUUGUCCACAUCAUCAGAGUCAAUGAUGGAGACAGUUAGUGCUACUCGUCAUGCUCCAGCCAGUGAUACUCGGACUCGCAUCACAGUUGUCUUACCAAACCAACAGCAUUUGGUCACUCCUAAAACUACUAGAUCGCCAAUGCUAUCAUCAACUGUUGCGACUCAAACAGGUCUGGCAUCCCUCCAGAAGCACACUCUGCAUUCUCUGAAAACAGUGGUGGCACAAACUAAUCUGAGUAACACCACACCUCAUAAAAUAAUUGUCAUGCCAAGAUCAGUAUCCUCAUCAAUGCCUCAUAAAGCUGCAUCACAGCCCCCAGCCCAGCUUUCAUCCCUUGUGUCAACAGUUGUUGCUCAGAAUACCAAUUUCCCUCAAGCCUCUAGGGCUGCAAGCUUACCUCUUGGGUCAUCUUCCCUUUCCUCUGUCCCUCGGACAACAAUGUAUGUUACCUCCAGGAAAUUUCUUCCUGUUGUCCCUGCAAAGUCAGCUGCCACCUCAACACAGUCAGAGACUCCACUACACUCAAAAGUAAUUAUAUAUCCAAGAAUUGUGUCAGCUGUAAAAUCGACGAAAGUUCAGCCACAGGUAAUUGUUGCAACAAAGCCGGGGUACUCAAAAUCAGCCUUUCCUGUUAUGGUGCAGUCACUGCAGGUGAGUUCUUCAUCACAGGGGUUCACAGCCAAGAUGGAUGCACCAACAACUUCAGAUGAAGUGGCUACAGUAUCAUCUCAAAAGAGGAAUCCUACAACUAGCGAUUUGGAGCCUUCCAAACAAACUGCCUCUGUAUCAGAAACAAUAAAAGCACCCAAAGAAACAUGUUCCAAUUUAAAUAUGUCAGAUGGCCUAGUGCCAGCUCCAAUGUUACAAGGGGUACAACCGGCUGCAGUACAGAAUCACUGUGUUGUGGUCAGAUUAACCAGACUGCCAUUUCCAGUAUCAACCAAAGAAUCAGUUUCAGUCUCAAAACUGCUUUCAGCCAUGCCAUCUGAAACUCAAGCCAUGUUGAAAGAAAGUACCUCAGAAGAGAAACCAUCAUCUGUGGUCCUAUUAACACAGCCACCUGAGAUGUCAGCGUUAUCCACUGACAUUUGUCCCAGUUUAAAAGAUGCCUCUCAGAUGUCAGUAGAGCCAAAUGACAUUCAGGAGAAGCCAUCGGAAUCCUCUGAUACAUGCACCAUUUUUGAAGAGUUAUCCGAAAGUGGAUAUGUGCAGCCAUCUCCGUCCAAGGUGUCAGCACCAGCUUUUGAGGAAUUAGCACUAGCAUUCAGCACAACUGAGCAUUCAGCCGAUGAACCUGCUUGUAAUUUGGACAUAGAAAUAAUAAGCAAUGCAGAACUUAAUGAUCCACCCACUGAAGAGAAACAGUCAGCUUCCCUUAUACAGCUAACCUCCAUCACAUCCAAGGACACAUCUGACCCUCAUUUACAAAUGACUAAGACCCAGUUCCUGGCACAGCUGGCAGUGUCACCUUUUGAUCAAGCCCCAAAACAGGCCUCUACUAAUAACUUUACGGAUGCUAGAGCUUCUGCUAGUACUACAGGCAAGAAAAGGUCACAGAAAAACUCCCCCGUGGCCCAACUACGAAGUCAAACCAAAACUCCCUUGCAAAGUAGAACUGAAACAAAUUCAGAACCAUGCAUAGCAGCAGAGACCACAGCUGAAGGCUCUAAGAAGCCUAGAAUAGAGAAUGAUGAUCCCACUAAUAAAGACACAACCAGUAAACCUAUUCCUGUUAACCUUAAAAAGCCAUGUGUGAUUGGAGAUGUUGCAUUUCUCAAUAAGACUACUAAUGGCCCCAGUCACAUUAGUCCUAGGAAAUCUGGACCAUGUACCAAUGACAUUAGUCCAAAGAUAAGUGUUAGUGAACCAACUUUUGUCAGUCCUAGAAGGCUAAAGUUUACUAGUGAAUCCACCUCUGUGAGUCCAAGGAGGUCUUGUUCACGUAGAGAUGGUAUAGGCUCUGAAAAUAAGAACUCUGGUUCAGUGAGUCCUAAAGGGUCUACUUCAGAUAAAGAUGGUGCAAGCUUAAAUGGAGAAUCCACUUCUGUGAGCCCUAGGUUGACUAGUUCAACUAGAGAUGGUGCUAGCCCUAAACAGACCAGAUCCACUUCUGUGAGUCCUGAUAGGUCUAGUUCACAUAAAGAAGAUGUUAGUCCUAAAAAGAAUACAUCUGUUAGUGCUAGGAUGUCUAGUUUAAGUAAAAAGGAAGGAGUUACUAAAAUGUCUAGUAAAGAAUUGAUUUCUGGCAGCCUUAGGAGUUCCACCUUUACAAAGAUUUCUCCUAGCCCUAAAAAGGUUAAAAGAGAAUCCAAUUCUGUCAGUCCUAGGAGACAUAGUGUAACUACAAAUGGUAGUUUUACUAAAAAAACGAAGAGUGGAACUGGUUUCCCGAGUGCUAGAUGGCCUAAAGAUGUUGUCGGUGCUAAAAGGAUCAGGAGUGGGGAAUCCACUCCUGCUAAGAAACCCAGAUUACUUCAAGAUAGUACUGGUCCUAAAAGGAGUUUAAAAGUGGUGAAUGCUAAGUUAAGUACAGCAGCAAAAGCCAAGGCAGUAGCUAAAAUGAAAAAUCCUAGUCAAUUAAAAUUGCAGGGUGGAGCUAAAACCCAGUUACCAGGGAACCAAGCUGACUGUAAGGUUGUGAAAAAAUGUACGACUACAGGUGUGUGGAUUCCUCCCAAAAUGCCAGUCAGUAAAACACCCUCAGCAGGGGGAAAGAAGUCACCCAACUUAGAAGAGAAGAAAGAGACAAGAUCCUCAACAACCCAGAAUCAUACAGUGGUUUACCCCCCUAGUGUUUCUCUCCAUCCCAUACCUGUGAAAGCACCACCUAUUGUAUCACCAUUACAGCCUUUGUCAGUCAUUGGUUGGCGUCUUCUGAAGAACCAGUGUGGGGAGUGUGGUCGCAUCCUCAGCAGCACUGCUGCUCUGGAAAGCCACGUCAGUCUCCAUACAGGACGCCGACCUUUCUCAUGCUUGUUCUGUGGGAAGAGCUUCCCAGACUCCAAGGGCCUCAAACGACAUGGCCGUGUGCACCGCAAUGGUAGGAUCCAUGUGUGCCCGCGGUGCGGGAAGGGCUUUGUCUACCGUUUUGGCCUCACCAAACACAUUCAGAUGGUGCAUAGCAGGAUUAAACCUUUUGUCUGCCAGAUCUGCAACAAGGGAUUUUUCACAAAGCGGGAUGUGGAAACCCACAUACGGAUUCACACUGGGGAGAAACCAUUCCACUGUAACCUCUGUGAAAAAAAAUUCACGAGGAGAGUAGAACUAAAUGUGCAUUUGAGGUGGCACAAUGGGGAGAAGAGACACUGGUGCCCAUACUGUGGAAAGGGAUUUUUAGACUACAAUAACCUAAAAAGGCACAAGUAUAUCCACACAGGGGAGAAACCACAUUCCUGCCCACACUGCUCCAAGCACUUCACACAAUCAGGCCACCUGAAAAAACAUGUUAAAAAUGUACAUAAAAUCCAGUGACUGAUGAACAUAGAUGCCAUUCUGGUGUCCAUUAAAAUAAUGAUGGCAUUGUAAUGUAAGAGUAGUUGGGACCAGAAUCCUUCUUUUGAUGCUGUGAAUUUGUAAAAUAAAUGUUCUGGAAAACUAUGUGCUUUCUUGCUGAGAGUUAGAUAAAGUCACAGUUGCCCUUAUAUCUGUAGCUGGAGCGAAGAGGUGACACUGAAAGCUGCACAUUUAAAACUGUUGGACUUUGAUGUGUAUUGUUUUAAGUUAUUUUAAAAGAAAAAACUAUAUUGUGGUAGCUAUAGAGGUUCAUUAUGUGCUGUGACCAUUUCUAUCAACAUCUGUUCCAGUAUGUGACUUUUUAGUGUCCCUUUUCCCCUUUCUUUUGUUCUUUCAUUCUUCUCUUUCUCUCCAGACAUAGUGGUAGACAUGUUUUAAGCUCUGGAGAUGCCAGCUUGGCCCAGCUCCAUACUUGUAUAGUCUCUGCAGGCAAAUAAGUGGAUGCCAGUAAAGAAAAACAUGUUAAAGUGUUAAAAUAAGGUUGGUUGCUAUGAAUAUAAUUGUAAAAAAAAAAAAAACUUUCUUUUUUUCUUGCUUAUUAAAAUAUUUGAAUUUAUUUGAAGUGAUAUUACCAGACUUGUAAGAUCAAACAAGAACCUGUUGUAUGACACCCUUACUCAAUGGCCAGUAAUGGGAUAGCUUUGUCAUGUGCAUGAAACAGCUGUUUUGGACAUGGGCAUUUUUGUCAACAUCUGCAUUUUACGGGUGUCACGCUUUAUCUUGGUUCAUCACAAAUAACCCAGUUUUACGAUACUGUCGGACAUGUUUAAAUCUCUUGCUCUUCUGACAUCACUUUAGUCAUUUGAUAUGAUAUAGUUCAUCAUGGUUUUCUGCAUUUAAUAUUUUAAAAGAAACAUUGGAAGUUUUCACUGUUAGACUAAAGAAAACUUUUGAAGUUGUGACCUUUGAGAAACAUGAAGGGUUAAUUUGUCUUAUUUUUAUUGAAAAAAUAAUUAAGGAUAAUUUUUACUUAUAGGAAUAAUUUAUUGUUUUUUGUUUUGUUUUGUUUUCUUUAUAUGACACACUUUCACUCUUCACCAAGAUGCAACUCUAAAGGGUGCAUUUUGUUACUUGUUCCAGCCAGAACUUUGGACAGUACAUGCAGGUAAAAGUGAAUUGUAAGUAAAAAUGUCAAUAAUUUGAAUUGUUUAUACAAUUUAGAUGAUACUGCUUUCUCUCUUGUUAUAUAGCUUUUUACUGCUGUGGUUACAAAAAUGGUAAUCAGGGUCAAUUGUACUGUUUGUGCCGUAAUUUACCCCCUCAGACAAGGCUUAUAAAGGUGUGUUCAUACUCGACAUGAAGCAGAUUCUUAUCUUGUGAGAAUUUGACAAUUUGAACGUUUUUCCAGUAAUCGUUCCAAAGUCGUUUCCAGCAUAUACAGUAGCACAAAUGAGAGACGACUCUCAAUCCCCCGGAGCACCACGUUGUGUAGCUCUUCUCCCCUUCUGAGGAGAAGCACAGUGGAAAGUUGCUGUCAUUCAGGAAAAAGUUUGAUUUUCACUCAAGUUGACAUACUUUGUUUUUGAGCAGAUGCAUAGGUCCCACCUUGAUCAAAUUUUAUCUGUUUACAUACAGUAACUUUGUCUGCUUUCAUGUUGCCUUUCAAUAUGGCUUCAUGUUCAGUGUGAACACACCUUAAGAUUUCAUCUUAAUGCUGCCCCAUAAGGAGCACUGGAGCUCAGCUUCACCUGUUUGUUGUGCAGAAGAUGGGAUGUAUUCAAAGUCUAACUAAAGUUAUCAUUGCUAAGCUGGUUUCCCAUUCUUUAAGUGCUAGGUACAGUUUAACUAGAUAAUAUUGGUCCAUGCUUCUUUUGUAAUUGUAACUCCUGUUUAAGAAAUUGUAUAUAUUCUAAAUUUGUUUUUUGGGGGGGAAGGGGGUCUGUCAUGGGAAAACAG